AUGGCAUCAACAGGGAACCUCUGGUGGAUGACACCGCUCCAAGCAGUCGCAACACUGGGCGCUGCAGUCAACUUUGGCGGCUCGGUUCUCCAAUCCCCUCUGAUCAUGCCCAUGCUCCAGCUCCCCGACGUUCCAGCCCACGAAGCGGGCAAGAUGCUGAGCUACCUCCUCCACGAGAGCGAGAAGUUCUUCCCACCUCUCAACGCUCUCUGCACCGUCACCAACCUCGGCCUCACCAUCUACUGCUACCUCAACCGCAACCGCUCCCGUGCCUGCCGCGAGAAGCUCCCAUUCCUCGCCAUCUCGACCGCCUUCAACAUCGCCACCACUGCCUGGGCGCUGAUGAUCAUGGUGCCGCGUAACCAGCGCAUGACCCUGCUGGCGAAGAACAUCCGCGUGAACCAGAGUGACGUGAAGAGUGAGAAGGAGAUGAGGCAGAUACAGCAAACCUGGCAGAAGCUGAAUUACGGACGUGCGUCUCUUAUGAUCGGAUCCGUUGUCGCGGGAAUGUACGCCUUGCUUUCUGAUGGCAGCAUUGCGAAGCUUUGA